AUACGUAUCAUUCGGCUGCUUCGGGACCAGACUCUCGGCAACAGUCCAGCACGACUGGCGAAGCAGCUGAACCGGUUGGCACACUAUGUGGGGGAGUGUGCUAACUUUAUGGAUCAGCCCAGCCUCUUCCCAGUGAUCUGCCAGGAGCCCCCGGAGCCCAUCCACGUCCCCAUCAGUCGCUGGCUGCUGACCGUCUACAGCAGGGACAUCCUCUCCCGUCUGGACCACAUUAAGGCCAGCAUCACCUCCACGUUUGGUUCCAUCUUAAAGAUGGAUUCAACCAAAAAGAUCACAAAGAAGCUGGCUGGCCACGGCAGAGGGACAGCUCUCUGGCUGACCUCAAUCAGCAACGAAGUUGGCCAGGUCCUGACCAGUGUCCUGACAGUGCAGGAGGGGCCAGGACUGGACAGGAUGGUGUCUGGAGUGAUGGAGCGGUACCGCCAGGCAUGUGUCACCGCGCCUGUGCUGCUGUAUGUGGACUGUGGCUGCUGUGUGAGCGAGGGGGAGAGCAAGCUGCAGACCAGGUUUGCACAGUGGCCAGACAUCCACAUAAGACUGGACAUCUGGCAUUUCAUGAGGAGGCUGGCUGUCGGUUGCACCACCGAUGCUCAUCCUCUCUACACCACCUUCAUGGGCUGCCUGUCUGCAUGUAUCUUUGAGUGGGAUGCAGGGGACCUCAGCCUGUUGCGGCAGGCUAAGAGAGAGCAGCUCAGACAGGAGGGUGUGCCAGCGCUUACUGAUCUCCUGGUGGACAGGAGAAUCACUAAGAAGGAGCUGAGCCAGUACUGCAGAAGGAGGACGCGUGGGGAGGAGGGCACCAUCAGCCUCAUCGAGCAGCUGCUGCAAACACUGGAGGGGCCAAAAGGGAGAGACCUCAUGGGGGUGCCGCUGCUAGAACAGGUGCGCAUGGAGCACAUCUGGCGGGUGCAGAAACGGCACGUCAAGUGCAUCCAGGACGUGCCAGGUGUGCAGCUGUACACAGUGACAGGUACCACCACCACCAAAGGCGGCGUUGUCCUGACUAGGUACCGCUGUGCCAGAGGGUCCACAUCCCUGGAGUCGUUUCACUGCCACCUCAACAGGUUCAUUCCAGGAACCAGUGCAAACGCACUGAACUUCCAGUUGUACCUGCUGGAAGGCCUCAACAGGUGGAACCAGGAUCGGGGGACUGCAGUGGUGACCAGCAAGCCCUCAUCUCUCCUCACCUACGCCGGGGAUGUGGUCCAGUGUCUUGUUUUGGAGAGCUGCUUGGUGUUGACUACCUGCUGAGUCAGACUGGACAGCCCAUGGCGGUGAACCCCAACUCAGAGGAGACAGAGGACAUGCUGGAGAAGAUAGAUGAGGGCGAGGAAGAAGAAGAAGAAGACGAGGGCUUUGGGGAAGAUACUGUGCCAUGGCUCGAUGACCUGAGCUUCUCCUCCUCCCAGCCUGCUGCCUCCUCCCAGCCUGCUGCCUCCUCCCAACCUGCUGCUUCCUCCCAGCCUGCUGCCUCCUCCCAACCUGCU